CGACUUUUACACCAACCAUCCGCUUCUUCCUCUCUACACCUGCACGCUCCUCUGUUUCUGCUCUGCCUGCUUAAAGCGACCGGAUUAAAUCAUGACUGCCACCAAGGAGCAGCAGAGAAGCAACCCACAGCAGGACGAGGAUCUAGGUGGGGUGAGUCCUCCUCAGAGGAACUGGAAGGGAAUUGCCAUUGCUCUGCUGGUUAUCCUACUGGUCUGUUCACUCAUAACCAUGUCGGUCAUCCUCCUUACUCCAGCUGACACUCAAGCUGGCAGUGAUACCAAGCUGACAGUGGAGGAUCUGUUUGGUCCUGAUUUCUACGUACACGAUCCUGAGGCUCUCUGGAUUAACGAAUCUGAAGUCAUUUACCGGAACCGGCAGGGCCAUGUGCUUAAGCUAAACGUUAUCACCAAUGAAACGACCAUCAUCCUGACGAACAACACAUUUGUUGCUUUUAAAGCCACAAAGUACUUCCUAAGUCCAGAUAUGCAGUAUGUGCUCUUUGCAUAUGAUGUUAAACAGGUUUACCGGCACUCAUUUACAGCCUCAUACAUCAUCUACAGCAUCAACACCAGAGAAGUGAAGGUGUUGGAUCCCCCAGAAGUGCCUAACUCAAGAUUACAGCAUGCAGCAUGGGGCAUGCAGGGACAGCAGCUGGUGUACAUCUUUGAGAAUAACAUUUAUUACCAGUCAGACGUGAAGAGUAACUCACUGAGGUUGACCUCAUCAGGGAAGGAGGGCGUUGUUUACAACGGGAUCACUGACUGGCUUUAUGAGGAGGAGAUUCUGCAUACACAUGUGGCUCACUGGUGGUCUCCUGAUGGUGAGCGAUUGGCAUUUUUGGUAUUGAACGACAGUCUGGUGCCCAACAUGCUGUUGCCCACAUUUACUGGAGCCACAUAUCCUAAAGGCAAACAGUAUCCAUACCCUAAGGCAGGUCAGCCCAACCCCAUGGUAAAACUCUUUGUGGUAAAUCUUUAUGGGCCGACACACACUUUGGAACUCACUCCCCCCGACGAACUUAAACUAAGGGAGCACUACAUAGUGAUGGUGAAGUGGAUCAGUAAGACUAAGAUGGCAGUCAGGUGGUUAAACCGAGCUCAAAAUGUUUCUAUACUGACUGUGUGUGACUCCACCACUGGUGCCUGCAUCAAGAGACACGAGGAGAUGUCGGAGCUCUGGCUCUCUAAACAGAAUCAGGAACCUUUCUUCUCUCAGGAUGGCAGCCGCUUCUUUCUGUCUGUUCCUGUGAAGCAAGGUGGUCAUGGAGAGUUCCAUCACAUUGCUAUGUUCACCACACAGGUUAGGGCGGACCAAAAUGAGGUGCGUCACCUUACAUCAGGAAACUGGGAAGUGACAGAGAUUUUGGCCUAUGAUGAGAGCUCCCAGACCAUAUACUUCCUGAGCACUGAAGGGUCCCCGAGAAGACGCCACCUCUUCAGUGUGUCCACGAUUGGUCUGUUUCCACGGCGAUGUUUGACCUGUGACAUGAUUAAGAACUGUACUUUCUUCAGCGCCGACUUCAAUCCAACAAACCAGCACGUUAUACUGAACUGUAAAGGACCUGGAGCCCCCACAGUGAUUGUUCACACACUCAACAAGUUGCUGCACGGCAGAAGAGUGAACAGUGGUGAGCUGGAACUGCCUGGUAACUUUAUCCUGGAGAAUAACACUCUCCUCCGAGCAACUCUGAGAUAUAAAAGGAUCCAGCUGCCUGAGAAUACAACCCUGAAGACUGACCGCUUCGAUCUGCCACUGAAGAUUGCAUUUCCUCCAGACUUCUCUGAGUCACGGCAAUAUGGACUACUGUUAAUGAUAGACACCAUUCCCGGGGGUCAGCAGGUAAAUGACCGAUACUCAGUGGAUUGGGACUCUGUGCUGGUAAGCUCAGACAGUGUCAUCGUGGCUCGUCUGGACGCCAGGGGCAGCGGCUUUCAGGGACAGAAGAUUUUACAUGAAGUGUACAAGCGACUGGGAACAGCUGAGCUUCAGGAUCAUCAGGCUGCUUUAGAGGAUCUGAAGAAACGUCUAUAUAUAGAUCAGAAUAGGAUAGGCGUGUUCGGCAAGGGUUAUGGUGGAUACGUGACACUUCAGCUACUGAAAUCCACUGAGAGUCUGUUGAAAUGUGCUGUGGCCAUGUCCCCAGUGACAGACUGGGCAUUACACGCCUCUGCAUUUUCCGAACGCUACCUGGGAUUUCCUUUACAGGAUGACAGCAGGUACCAGUCCUCCAGUGUACUACAGAAUGUGGAAGGCUUCAGGGACCAGAUGCUAAUGCUUGUACAUGGAACCGCAGAUGCAAACAUUCACUUUCAACACUCAGCGGAGCUUAUCAAGAAUCUAGUGAAGGUUGGAGCCAACUACACAAUGCAGAUUUACCCAGAUGAGGGUCACUUCCUGUCAGAGCGGAGUAGGCAGCAUCUCGCGGCAUCGCUGAGCAGCUAUUUCCGUUCCUGUCUGCAGGAAGACAUCUACAAGCAGAGCGAUCAGGAGGAGGAGGAGGAGGAAGAGUAGGCUGUAUUGUGUAUAAACAGCAGGACCUUUACACUAAACUUCACCUACACAACCUGCUUGGACACACACACAUCCCUGCUCCUGCAGGAUCUCAGCCUACAGAGAGACCUGUCACUUGAACUUACGAAGAGGAUAAAUUUGAACACGAUGGAGGGUGUGUGCAUGUGUGCUGUGUGUGCUUAGAUGGCUGGUUAGAUACAGUGUUAUGUAAAAGUAUGAACACC